GCACGCGCAUGUGAGGAAUAAACUACAGACUCGAGGACAGUUGUCAAAGCCCAAUGUCUGCAAACGAGGAGCGCACCUUUAUUGCCAUCAAGCCGGAUGGCGUGCAGAGGGGACUCGUCGGAGAGAUCAUCAAGCGUUUUGAACUGAAAGGAUUCAGAUUAGUUGCUAUGAAGUUAAUCCAGGCCAGUGAAGAUCUUCUCAGGCAGCACUACAGUGACUUGAUGGAUCAGCCUUUCUUUCCUGGGCUUGUCAGUUACAUGUCCUCUGGCCCUGUGGUUGCUAUGGUGUGGGAGGGUUUUAAUGUUAUAAAAACCGGCAGAGUGAUGCUUGGCGAGACUAAUCCCAUUGACUCAAAGCCUGGGACUAUCCGAGGCGACUUUUGCGUUCAAGUUGGUCGGAACAUCAUCCAUGGCAGUGAUUCUGUCGAUAGUGCCAACACUGAGAUCAGCCUAUGGUUCUCACCAGAAGAGCUCUGUGAUUAUUUCAAAUGUCAGCAUAGCUGGAUCUAUAGCUGAACACUUUCUUCUUUCCCUCUUUGGUGUUUCUGUAUUGAUUCAUAUUAUUUUCCCAUUGUUCUUGAUGGUUGCCUUUACAAUAAAUCCCAAAAUCCAUGUGUCAUUGAUUGCAUAUGUUUAGUGUGAAAAGUAAUGGAAGGUGAGUGUUAACUAAGUUACAAUAUCUAUUCUGAAGAUUGGAUCGCCGGACCUGCCAAAAUGGAAUGGUGGACUGUGGUUGUAAUGAUGGCCAUGCACACCGGAUAUGUGAUCCAUGGAAUGAGGAAACUGCUCUUUUGUUGAACUUUUGGGUACCUCAGCUACUUGAGCAUGCAGAAAAUUUAAAUGAAAACGAAACAAAACAUUCUCCUCCCGGCCCUCCACCGGGGGAUGGAGUGGUCUGUUCACCAACUCCGGAACAGUGGGUCUCCUUGUCUCUGGGUCAUCCAUCUCUGGUUCUUGUCAGCCGGCCACGAGACAGCUUGCGUCUGCUUCCUGCGGUGGGAUCGAUGCCAGGGCGUGGCCACAGGGGCAGGCAGCGGUGGAGCCGGUGCAGUCACUGGAGGAGGACACCCUUAGUGACAAGCAGAUGGGGUGCAGGAUC